AUGCGAGAGCCGACACACUUGUCAAUUAAUUCUAACGAAGAUCAGUACAACAGGAAAGGAUCCCUGACCAUCAAAAGGUUUUACCUUUGCGUCCGAAAUUCGAACCGUUUGAGCCAGAAGACUUGGAGAUACGUGACCAAGGGUGUCCAUCACAAUAUUCAAUUGCUCUCUUUAUGUGAGACUCCACCAUCACCUACCAACCAAAGCCAAACACCGAGACCUCUCUCGUCUACAACACCUCAUUACUCCCCAAGGGCGAACUGGUCUUCAAGCCAAGAAGUCUGUGCUCCUGAUUCAAGGAGUAUCUCUAGCAUACAGCGGAAUCGCAAGACGUGCGAAUUGAAGCGAAAUAAUUGGGCUUGCCAGUCACCCACAUGCACCCACGAGAAGGGCGAGUUUGGGAGAUCUCUACAGUCCAAACAAUCAUCGGGGACGAAGACGCUUGGAGAUACAAAUCAGCUUGCUGUUGCGACCAAUGUUGGCGCUAUUGUAUUGGCAUCGAAGACCAAAGGCUUCACGUCGACUAAAACACAGUGUGUAGAUCAAUUGGCUCAUGAUGCACCGCUGAAGAUCCGACGCUAUACCAAAGAUGGACUCAAUCCUGGUGCGAUGCACGCAGGCAACUCUACAGCAAUAAACAAGAGCCCUGUUUUCUCUUCAAUUGCACGUUCUCACUUCGUUACGAAUAUGUCUAGCAGAUCAAAGUCCACUACAUCUGGUCGCUUAGAUAUUCGCCCAUCACAGAUUUUUGAAUACCCUAAUUUAUCCCUAUCAAGCUUCGCUUCUCAAGCUGGACCUACCUCGCCUUCGCAUUCAGUUCAAAUUUCGGACAAAGAUAAUGAGGCUGAGUCGGAUGAAGGAUGCACUCCCUCGGUGAAGGUCCCCGACACUUCACAAAACUUGAUGCUGCAGGCUGAAACCUUUGCCACACCGCUGGGCUUUCAUAUUCCCUAUGAUACAAUGAGCGCUGCCUUAAGCGCGCCUGAAAAUAGCGAGCAAUCUUACUGGCAACACUCAUUGUAUCGAGGUCCAAAUAGUGAUCAACAAGUGGUCAAAGUCCAUUACUGCAAGACCAAGGAGACAAUGGAAUCUGUCUCUCAACUUUUUGCAGACGAACAAGUAUUAGGCUUCGAUAUUGAAUGGAUGGCCAAUUCCAGCGCCAACCACGGCACUAGGCGCAAUGUAUCUUUGAUCCAGAUCGCAAGCGAAGAACGCGUUGCUCUGUUUCACAUUGCCCGGUUUCCGGAUAAUGACACCGCUGACGCUUUCGUUUCUCCAACUUUCAGAAAUAUCAUGGAAUCGCCAGACAUCUUGAAGGUAGGCGUUGCUAUAUUAGGAGAUAGCACUCGACUGCGAAAUUUCCUUGGGAUUCACUGUCGAGGUUUACAUGAACUCAGCUUUUUAUACAAGAUCAUCAAGUAUCACAGUGGCCAGCUGGAUAAGAUAAAUAGAUACCCUGUAUCUCUCGCACAACAGGUCCAAGAGCAUUUGGGUCUACCUCUGUUGAAAGAUCAGGUCCAAACGUCCGAUUGGAGUAAAAAUCUAGACUCUGAACAGACGAGAUAUGCUGCAAGUGAUCCGUAUGCCUGCCUUCAGCUAUUCCACUGCCUGGAGGCCAAGAGAUUAGCGCUCGAUCCGGUGCCCGAGAGGCCAGCCUUUGCAGAACUCAAGCAAAGACUUUUAGUCAAAAGGCUCCCUUUGAAGAGAGAUGAUGAUGACUCGGAGUCCUCGGACGAUAGUUUUGUGACAUGCAUAGAAGCUUCCUCAGAUGAGGACAUCGACUCAAUGGCGGCAGACUUUCGUCUGGUUGACAUCCGGGAUUCCAAUUUGCCUCUCGAGAAUUUACGAGUGAACGAUGAGCAUCACAAUAAAGCAUCAAGUCCAUCUAAACUUGCGGAAAUGCCUCUGACAAAGGCUGACAGGGCCAGCAAUUGGGCUACAUCGUACCGAGAAAGUCAACCCAUGGGACCUCAAAUUCCCUCAGCGAAUCUGCGUGCAUACUAUCUCUGGCACCAUCAACAACUCGAACUUCCUGAAAUUGCUAGUACCCUUCGAACGCCGCCACUGAAAUACAUCACCGUGCUUGAGUAUGUUUGUGAGGCCGUGUAUAGAGGAUCGUUUCCAGCCGACCCAGAACGAUUUGCUCAUCUGGGUACACAUGGUGUACAGCCGUACAAGAAGUACCAUCUCAAGAUGCUUCAAGCCGCGAGGACGGAGAUGGAAAGGCGCAAGAGAACGGAUCUCAAUACGCCUGAUGAGGAGCUCAAUGCCCGUUGGUGGAAGAGUGCGGACGAAUAG